AUGGCGAUUUCAGAUAUCUUCAAACGUAAAGGUCGGUUGGGGCCCCGACAGGAAGGAGAGACCACUGUGAUCGUCACGGAGGAUCAUGUCGAAGUGCCGGUGCCGGUGAUUGACAAGUUGGAUGGCACCACCGUGGACGAGGAAAAGAUCAAAGUGCUCGAUGAGACAGCGGCCAUUGAGCACGAGAGCCACGACAAUCCCGAGAUCGCCGCCUUGCCGUUGCAGGUGCGCCAAUUGAUCAACCUGACUGACGAUCCUACGCUUCCCACCAUCACGUUCCGCUACUUUGUCUUGUCGGCGCUCUUUGUCAUUCCCGGCGCAUUCCUCUCGCAGAUGAGCUAUUUCCGAACCACCAAGGCCCCCUACUCGGUUUUCUUUGUCCAGAUCGCGUGUCACUAUGCUGGUCAUUUCCUGGCACGAACCCUCCCGACGUGGACGGUUCGCGUCCCGGGCACCAACUGGGGAUUCAGCUUGAAUCCGGGUGCGUGGAGCAUCAAGGAACACGUGCUGGUCACGGUGACUGCGGCUUCUGGGGCGACCUACAACCUGGGAUACGCCCCCAUUGUCUUGGCCGAGCUGUGGUACGGAUAUCGUAUCCCCCCGGCGGUGGCGAUCUUCUUCAUGCUGGCGAUUGUCUGGAUCGGAUACGCUUUCGCGGCUCUGGCCCGAAACAUCCUCUUGCCCGAUCCCGAGUACAUCUGGCCACAGGCCUUGAUGCAGACCACUCUCUUCGAGACCUUCCGCAAGACGGACAACUCGUCUCGCCUGGCCAAGCGCCAGAUGAAGGUCUUCUUCUUUGCGCUUUUGGGAAUGACGCUGUGGCAGUUCCUUCCCGAGUACGUGUUUCCCUUCACCUCCUCGCUCGCCUUUCUCUGCUGGGUUGCGCCACGCAACCCAGUGGCCAAUUUUAUCGGAUCGGGCCUGGGGGGAAUGGGGUUUCUCAACCUCUCCUUGGAUUGGUCGAACAUCAACUGGAAUGGAUCCUCCAUCAUGUUGACUCCGUGGUGGACGCAAGUGAUUCUCUUCUUGGCCUUUGCCUUUAACUGUUGGGUCCUCAUUCCGGCCGCGAAAUGGGGCAACCUCGGGUCGUUCAAGCAUGGCAUCAUGACCAACACUCUUAUGCUGGGCAAUGGAACGACCUACCCGACGACCAAGGUGUUGACGCCAGACUUUCACCUCAAUCAGACCGCCUACGAGCAGUACGGCCCCAUGUAUAUGGGAAUGCAGAAUGUGUGGGCGACUUUCUUCGACUACGCCAAGCUCCCCGCGGCCAUCACCUGGAUUGCCACGUUUGGGUUCUCCCAAAUCAGCGCGAACCUGCGGAAAGUGUGGGAGACUCGCAAGGCGACCAAGGCCGCCCAGGCCGCCGGAACUUCCACCGCUGACCAGGGCCAGGGUCGAGGUAUUCACUACGCCUACCACGAUCGACUCAAUGUGAUCCAGCGACAGUACAAGGAGAUUCCCCAGUGGUGGUAUCUGGCCCUGUUCCUGGCCGGGUUCCUCACCCUGAUUGUGAGCAUUGCAUGCGGGUAUCUGUUCAUUCCCAUCUGGACUCUCUUUGUCGCCUUGGCCAGCGCCGCUGUGUUCAUCAUCCCGUUCGCGUGGCUCUAUGCCAUCUCCAACUACCAACUGGCCACAGGCUCGUUCAAUGAGCUCAUGUAUGGAUACAUGGUCCACACCAAGGCCGGCUCGACGCAUCAGCAUCCCUGUGGACCCUCGGUGUAUGGCGCCAUCGCCGGCGACGCGUGGUAUCGGGCGCAGUACAUGUUGCAGGACCAGAAGAUUGGACACUACAUGCACAUCCCGCCGCGGGAGAUCUUCUUCUCUCAGAUCUUUGGCACCUGCAUGGGUGUGCCGAUCAACUACGCGGUCAUUCGAUGGAUCAUGGACACCAAGGGUGAUUUCAUCACCGGCAAAAAGGCCGACCCGCUCAACCAGUGGACGGGGCAAAGCCUGCGCAACUCAAACACGAUGGGGAUUCAAUAUGCCAUUCUUGGCCCCAAGCGCCUUUUCGCCGAAGCCGAGAUGGCUCCCCUGCCCUGGUCCUUCCUGGUGGGCGCGGUCAUCCCGCCCAUCCUCUACGUCCUGCACCGAUGCUUCCCCCGCCUGCGCAUUGACCUGUGGAAUGUCAGUAUCUUCUUUGGCGGUCUUGCUGUGUUCUACGGUAAUGUCAGCACCGGAUACACCUCUGCCCUGAUUGGCGGAUACAUUGUGAUGUACUGGGCUUAUCGGAAGCACUUUGAGGUGUGGAAGCGGUACAACUAUCUGGUCGCGGCGGCCUUUGAUGCCGGCUUCAACCUGAACAUGCUGUUGAUCUUCUUCUUCUUUGGUGCGGGCAAGCAGGUUUCCAUGCCCGCCUGGUGGGGGAACAAUGGUGACUCGGUGGAGCGAUGCUUUGCCUUGAAGAAGUGGUAG